GUGGCUGGGACGGUGGCGGGAGCUCGCACUGGCCUCGUGGGCGGCACAACCCGGCUGCCUCGGUGUGUGAUGAGCCACAGGCCCAGCCCCCACUCCGGAGUAGGACGCCAGGGGCCCCAGGGGCAGAGGGACCUCAGAGCAGUGUCUCUCUGUCCCCCAAAGGGGGCUGGCCCCAGCCGGUGACCCGGGCCAGCCACGCCUCCUGCCCGCUGCCCUCACCGCCCAGAGCCCUGCACUGGUCUGUGAUGGCUCCCCCGCUGGAGGACCCGGGGCCCAAUCUGGACAGUGGACAGUCCUUCCUGAGCAUCAAUAUUCUGCCUGUGGUGGAGAGAUGCAUGAGCGCCAUGCAGGCGGGGACACAGAUGGUGAAGCUCCGCGGCAGCUCCAAGGGCCUGGUCCGCUUCUACUUCCUGGACGAGCAUCGCUCCUGCAUCCGCUGGCGGCCCUCUCGCAAGAACGAGAAGGCCAAGAUCUCCAUUGACUCCAUCCAGGAGGUGAGUGAAGGGCGACAGUCUGAGAUCUUCCAGCGCUACCCGGAUGGCAGCUUCGACCCCAACUGCUGCUUUAGCAUCUAUCACGGCAGCCACCGAGAGUCGCUGGACCUGGUCUCGCCCAGCGGGGACGAGGCACGCACCUGGGUCACGGGCCUGCGCUACCUCAUGGCCGGCAUCAGCGACGAGGACAGCCUGGCCCGCCGCCAGCGCACUAGGGACCAGUGGCUGAAGCAGACAUUUGACGAGGCGGACAAGAACGGGGACGGCAGCCUGAGCAUCAGUGAGGUCCUGCAGCUGCUGCACAAACUGAACGUGAACUUGCCCCGGCAGAGGGUGAAGCAGAUGUUCCAGGAAGCCGACACAGAUGACCGUCAGGGUACACUGGGCUUUGAGGAGUUCUGUGCCUUCUACAAGAUGAUGUCCACCCGCCGGGACCUCUAUCUGCUCAUGCUGACCUACAGCGACCACAAGGACUACCUGGAUGCCGCUGACCUCCAGCGCUUCCUGGAGGUGGAGCAGAAGAUGACGGGGGUGACCCUUGAGAGCUGCCAGGACAUCAUCGAGCAGUUUGAGCCCUGCCCAGAAAACAAGAGUAAGGGGGUGCUGGGCAUCGAUGGCUUCACCAACUACACUCGGAGCCCCGCCGGCGACAUCUUCAACCCAGAGCACCACGGUGUGCACCAGGACAUGACGCGGCCACUGAGCCACUAUUUCAUCACCUCGUCCCACAACACCUACCUCGUGGGUGACCAGCUCAUGUCCCAGUCCCGGGUGGACAUGUAUGCCUGGGUCCUUCAGGCCGGCUGCCGUUGUGUGGAGGUGGAUUGCUGGGAUGGACCCGAUGGGGAGCCCAUUGUGCACCAUGGCUACACUCUGACCUCCAAGAUCCUCUUCAAAGAUGUCAUCGAAACCAUCAACAAAUACGCUUUUGUCAAGAAUGAGUACCCAGUGAUCCUGUCCAUUGAGAACCACUGCAGUGUCAUCCAACAAAAGAAGAUGGCUCAGUAUCUGACUGAUAUUCUUGGGGAUAAGCUGGACUUGUCAUCAGUGAGCGGUGAGGAUGCCACCAUGCUUCCUUCUCCGCAGAUGCUCAAGGGCAAGAUCCUGGUGAAGGGCAAGAAGCUCCCUGCCCACAUCAGUGAGGAUGCUGAGGAGGGCGAGGUGUCUGAUGAAGACAGCGCAGACGAGAUCGAGGAGGAUUGCAAACUCCUCAAUGGCGAUGCCGCCACCAAUCGGAAGCGUGUGGAAAACAUCGCCAAGAGGAAACUAGAUUCCCUGAUGAAGGAGUCGAAGAUUCGGGACUGUGAGGACACAAACGACUUCACCGUGUCCACGCUGCCCACAUCCAGGAAGCUUGGGCACAGGGCAGAGGGCAAAAAGGCUGAGGACGGCGUGGAGUCCGGGGAGGACACCGGUGCCGGCAGACGGAACAACCGGAUCCUUAUGAGCGGCUUCUCCAGGCGCAAGAAAAAGAGCAGCAAGCUAAAGAAAGCGGCCAGCAUGGAGGAGGAGGCUGAGGACCUGGACUCCCAAGGCAGCCAGAGCCGAGGGGCGAGCCGGCAGAAGAAGACCAUGAAGCUGUCGCGCGCCCUCUCGGACCUGGUGAAGUACACCAAGUCUGUGGGCAUCCACGACGUGGAGGCGGAAGUGGCGUCCAGCUGGCAGGUGUCGUCCUUCAGCGAGAUGAGGGCCCAGCAGAUCCUGCAGCAGAAGCCGGCCCAGUACCUGCGCUUCAACCAGCACCAGCUCUCCCGCAUCUACCCCUCCCCCUACCGCGUGGACUCCAGCAACUACAACCCGCAGCCCUUCUGGAACGCCGGCUGCCAGAUGGUUGCCCUGAACUAUCAGUCGGAGGGCCGGAUGCUGCAGCUGAACCGGGCCAAGUUCAGUGUCAAUGGCAACUGCGGCUACGUGCUCAAGCCCCCGUGCAUGUGCCAGGGCGUCUUCAACCCCAACUCCGAGGACCCCCUGCCCGGGCAGCUCAAGAAGCAGCUGGUGCUUCGCAUCAUCAGCGGGCAGCAGCUCCCCAAGCCCAGGGACUCGAUGCUGGGGGACCGGGGCGAGAUCAUUGACCCCUUCGUGGAGGUGGAGGUCAUCGGGCUCCCCGUGGACUGCAACAAGGAGCAGACGCGUGUGGUGGACGACAACGGAUUCAACCCCAUGUGGGAGGAGACGUUGGUGUUCACUGUGCACAUGCCUGAGAUCGCACUGGUGCGCUUCCUCGUCUGGGACCAUGACCCCAUCGGGCGUGACUUCAUUGGGCAGAGGACACUGGCCUUCAGCAGCAUGAUGCCAGGCUAUCGGCACGUGUACCUGGAGGGGAUGGAAGAGGCCUCCAUCUUCGUCCACGUGGCUGUCAGUGACAUCAGUGGUAAGGUCAAGCAGGCUCUGGGCCUAAAAGGCCUGUUCCUCAGAGGCCCAAAGCCCAGCUCCCUGGACAGUCAUGCUGCUGGCCGGCCCCUGCCCCGGCCUUCCGUUAGCCAGCGGCUCCUGCGGCGCACGGCCAGCGCCCCGACUAAGAGCCAGAAGCCGAGUCGCGAGGCCUUCCCGGAGCUGGUCCUGGGCACGCGGGACCCCGGCUCCGAGGGGGAGGCCCGUGACGUGGCGGCCCCCAGCCCCGGCCCCGCUCUGGAGGCCUCCGCCCCGGAGGAGCAGGGCAGCCGCAGCCCCCGAGACACCCGCCCCUUCUCUGUGCAGAGGUCGGGCUCCUCCCUAUGUGGCCUGGAAACCAUUGCUGAGGAGCCAGCCCUGGGCCCCGGCCCCCCACCUCUGGUGGCUGCCCCCCCCAGUCCGUCCCCGGGAGGGCUGCCGUGCACCUCAGGACGUGCCAUCCAAGUGGCGAGCCCCCCAGCGGUGGCCCUGGGAGCUCCCGUGCCCUUCCAGCUCGGGACCCGGAGCAGAGGGGACACUGAGCAAGCCCUGGAAAGCCAGUGGCGCGUGUACAACGGAGGGGGCGCAGGGGGGGCCUGCGAGGGCGCCCCUAGCAGCCAGACGGUCAGAAGGGCGGACGCUGAGGGGCAGGUGCCCCCGGAGAGCCCGGGCGGGUGGCGGCCCUUGGCUGGGCCCCGCCCCACCGUGUACUCGGACGCCACGGGCGGAGACCGGCUCUGGCGGCGGCUGGAACCGGGUGGCCGCCGCAGCAGCGUGUCUUCGUCCUCCAGUGUGUCCUCCAGCGACACGGCCAUCGAGCUCCCCCUGCCGGGCCCGGGCUCGGGCCGGGACGGUGUCUCGGGGGCUCCGGCCGGACGCCUGCCCCUGCGACCCUGCUCGGCCUCGGCCGCCCGCCUGGACCUGCCUGCCGUGUCCAAGAGCAAAUCCAGCCCUAACCUGCGGGCUGCCGGCCAGCUGCCCGCGGCACUGGAAGAGCUUCAGCCCCGUCUCCUGGCCCCUAGGCCGCCCUGGGGCCGCCUCCCCCUGGUGGGUCUCCGGGACUGCCCUGCGGCCGCCAAGUCCAAGAGCCUGGGGGACCUGACUGCUGACGACUUUGCCCCUCAAGUGGAGAUCCUGGGCCGGAGCCUGGGCCUGGCGAGGGAGGGGCGGGCCGGGCGGGGGGUGCGGCGGGACGCCCUGACGGAGCAGCUGCGCUGGCUCACGGGCUUCCAGCAGGCCGGCGACAUCACCUCGCCCACCAGCCUGAGCAGCGCGGGGGAAGGGGCGCCCGGUCCCCCCGGCUUCCUGCGGCGCUCCUCGUCCCGCAGCCAGAGCCGCGUCCGCGCCAUCGCCAGCCGGGCGCGGCAGGCCCAAGAGCGGCAGCAGCGGCUGCAGGGCCCGAGGGGACCCCCCGGGGAGGAGCGGGGCACCCCCGAGGGUGCCUGCUCCGGGGGCCAGGGGGGCUGCGGGGACGUGCCCGCUGCCUGCAAGGGCUCCGCUGCCCCUGGCCUCCUGCUCCGACUCUGAGGGAGGGGCCCACCCCUGGCCCUCCGUGUGCACCCCUCCCCCGGGGAGGAAGCGGCCCGGCCCCGCGUCGGGGGCUGUUUCCUGACGUUAAGAUACACAAGAGAGGUAUUUAAAAUUUAAGAGACAAAGCUUCUACUGCAUUAAAAUGGUGCCCAGUCCU